AUGCUCGUAUCCCGUGUCAGUUUCCAGUCAGGCGUGCAGGGUCCGUCUCACCCGUCCCCCGGGUCCCCGUACUACGCGGUCGGGUUCCCGCGACACUCACUGUUACCGGACACCGCGCUCGGUCGGCAGGUGCUGGCUGCUCUCCGUCGCGCCUGGGAGCGACGGCUGCUGUUCACGGUGGAGGUGUCGCAGACCACGGGCCGCGAGCACGUGGUGGCGUGGCGCGCGCCCCCUCCCCCCUCCGCGCCGCACCACUACCUCCCCCCGCACCCGCCCCGCCCGCUGCCCGCGCUUCUGGCUGCACUCGCCAGGCUGCUCAGAGACCACGAACAAUGA